CGAGCAACGUCUUGACCUAGCUUGCCUGCGCGUUCACCUGUGUCUCGACCCAAGACACUUUCGCAUGCCCACGCAUGUCGCCCCCGAUUGCUUACGCACACCCUCACACGUCCUGUUCGCAACUUCACGCCACGGCCCCGGUAUCAACGCAUUCGCUGGCAAGGCCCGCUACGUCUUGCGCGAUCCACCUUGCACUUGCGUCCUCGUAUUCGUUUGUGUCGUAGCCGCAACCCCGUGUUGCGACACCAACACCCUCGUCCUGCAUGCCCGCGUCCACGCUUCUGCUUGCGCUUCCACUUGUACCCGUGCUCGUGUUCGCGCUCGCACUCCGCAACGUUGCUUAGCAUAUCCUCUGGAUGCUGGACACACCCCCUGUGUGCCCGUGGUUGCAGCUCCGUGCCACGAUGCCCUCGACUUCACCACCGAACUCGCGUACCGUGACAGACGGCUCUUGAGUUGCCGAUUUUAUACCCUGCCGUUUGAACCAGAAUGCCCUCCUCCACCACCUCCAGAACCAGAAUGCCCUCCUCCACCACCUCCAGAACCAGAAUGCCCGCCGCCACCACCACCAACCUGCCACGAAUGCCUACCAUGCAUUGACUGUAAACCAGAUGCGGUGCCGGCCCAGCCCCGCGUUAUCGGCGGUACAGCUUAUGCCCCGCCUAGCGGCGCUAGCGGAACGGCGCCUUACUUCCCCGAUUAUAAAUUGAAUCCUGAUUUUGGUUCUGCCUCCACCUCUAAUAUUCACCGGAAACUGUUUGAUAUUUGUUCCGCUAUUUCUCUGCUACUUGCCACAAUAUUAUGCUUCUUCUAAAUAUUGAGAGGGAAAAAUACUGCCUAGAUGGCGCCUACUUAGAGAUUUGUAAUUCAGAUUUUAUUAUCAGUGAGUAUUAAUUUAGUAAAACUUUUAUGAGUAUUAUGGUGUUUCUUUGAUUUUGAGCAAUUUAAAUAUUUAGGGAGUAUCAACUUAAUGAAAAUGUUGUAAUAUUUGAAGUACCCAUUGUACUAUAUAUGAUUAAUAAAAUCAUUUUUCUUUG